AUGAGCUACGGACUUUCUCAUACCAAUAGGGUUGAGUAUUACAGCUCAAACGAUGAAGUUCCCGUGGGGUACGUGACACCAAGCUUUCCAUCUCUUUACUUACCAUUGGGAUCGUCAAAAAUGAAGUAUGACCGUUCUGUUCUUUAUUACUCAUCAGAUGUCUGGAAAUUCUUUGUUUUAUGGUCAAUGAUUAUAAUGGCUGGAUUUUACACAGCUACGGCCAUAUUAAUUAUAUUCACUCAUUACAAAAAGUCGACUUAUACCGAAUACACUAAAAAUCUUUCGUGGUGGAAUGGCAGAUCGAACGAAGGAGCAUUGAGAGACCAAGUUGAAAAUCUUUCACACGGCUCCAAAAGAAGCUUGGCUUCUCAGAUGAUAAAAGAAAGUUCAAGAUUUUUGUUACUCAUAGUGGCCGUGUAUGUAUUCAUUGGUGUUUUCGAAGGCUUCGUGUCUGGUUCAUUGAUAGGGAUAUUAGCUGGUGCAAUUUAUAAUAGUGCACAAUUGAAAAUGACAACAUGGAUACCGUUUGCUUAUUCACUAGUUGUGGCUGCAUUUAAUAUUGUGUCUUCUUACUCACUCACAGGAUCGUUAAUGUGA